AUGGGCGAUCGAAAAUGGCAGGAUGCUCCAAGUACCCCAGCAGAAAUCCAAGACGAACCAAUGCAAGAAAGCACAGAAAAAACCGUGGUGGUCAAACCAACUGGUAGCGAACCGGCCGCUGAAUCAACGACGAAACGGGACGAUGGCAAGAGGGAGAGUAUCAACAUCAAGAUCCAUCUGAAUGUCCAUGCCAAGGUAAAAUUGGACUUGGACGCUCAGAUAGAUGGUGAUAUCAUCAUUGGGUUAUAUUGA